CUCCCAGCGCGUGUUCCCCAAUUCCACCAUCGACGAGCGUCACCCAUCGACAGCGACAUUAACUUGCAUCGCUACACCUCACGAUGGCAGCUCCUCGCGUGUCCUUUUCCGACAAGGACAUCGAGCAGAACGGCGAGGCUGGCGCUGCGCAGAGAUCGAGAAAAUGGUCGCAAGCCGCCGGUAACAUCGAGGACCUAGAUGAGUACACGGCACUCCAGAAGUACAUCUCUACGUACAGAGAUCCAAAGCUCGCUGCCGCCGAGGCUGGCGAGGAGGAGGACCAGAAGCCAAAAAAGUCGUGGCAGUUCUGGAAGUCCUCGAAGAAGGCGGGCGUUGACGACGAUGGCGUGGUCCCUGACAACUGGCUCGAGGCCGACAUCAAGCAGGGUAUCACCGAUCACGAGGUUGAGCAGCGCCGUAAAAAGUUCGGCUUCAACGAGAUCAUGUCUGAGAAGGAAAACUUGUUCCUCAAGUUCUUGGGUUUCUUCAAGGGUCCUAUUCUUUAUGUCAUGGAACUUGCUGUCCUCCUCGCCGCCGGUCUUCGUGAUUGGAUCGAUUUCGGUGUCAUUAUCGCCAUUCUUAUGCUCAACGCCGUCGUUGGUUGGUACCAGGAAAAACAGGCUGCUGAUGUCGUCGCAAAACUCAAGGGUGACAUUGCCAUGAAGGCAACUGUCAUUCGUAAUGGUCAGGAACAAGAGAUCAAGGCUCGCGAGAUCGUCCCCGGUGACAUUGUCAUCAUUGAGGAAGGUCAAGUCUGCCCCGCCGACGCUCGUCUCAUUUGCGACUACGAACACCCAGAGGACUUUGAGAAGUACAAGGAGCUGCGCGAGCAGCAUGCUUUGAACCCAGAAGAAGACCCUGCUGGCUCUGAGGAUGCCGAGGGUGACGAGGGCGAGGGCAUUGCUCACCAAGGUCACUCCAUCGUUGCCGCUGAUCAGUCUGCCAUCACUGGAGAGUCUCUCGCCGUCGACAAGUUCAUGGGAGAUGUCGUCUACUACACCACUGGUUGCAAGCGUGGAAAGGCCUACGCCGUUGCCACUACCUCCGCAAAGCACUCUUUCGUCGGUCGCACUGCUAUGCUCGUCCAGGGCGCAAAGGAUCAAGGUCACUUCAAGGCCAUCAUGAACAGCAUCGGUACGGCUCUCCUGGUUCUCGUUAUGUUCUGGAUUCUCGCUGCCUGGAUUGGUGGUUUCUUCCGCAACCUCAAGCUCGCUACCCCAGAAGACUCUGACAACACUCUCCUCAAAUACGUCCUGAUCCUGUUCAUUAUUGGUGUUCCCGUCGGUCUGCCUGUCGUCACAACCACCACUCUGGCUGUCGGUGCUGCCUACCUCGCUGAGCAACAGGCCAUCGUCCAGAAGCUUACUGCUAUCGAGUCCCUUGCCGGUGUCGAUGUGCUCUGCUCUGACAAGACUGGUACUCUCACUGCUAACCAGCUCUCCAUCCGUGAGCCCUACGUCGCCGAAGGCGAGGAUGUCAACUGGAUGAUGGCUUGCGCUGCUCUCGCGUCUUCUCACAACAUCAAGUCUCUCGACCCCAUCGACAAGGUGACCAUCUUGACCCUCAAGCGCUACCCCAAGGCUCGUGACAUCCUUAAGGACGACUGGAAGACCGAGAAAUUCACUCCUUUUGACCCUGUGUCCAAGCGUAUCACAACUGUCUGUACUCUCCGCGGCGACCGUUUCACCUGCGCCAAGGGUGCACCCAAGGCUAUCCUCAACCUCACCGAGUGCUCGCGCGAAACCGCAGAUCUCUUCAAGGAGAAGGCUGCUGAAUUCGCCCGCCGUGGUUUCCGUUCCCUCGGUGUCGCCUACCAGAAGAACAACGAGCCUUGGGUCCUCCUUGGUAUGCUCUCCAUGUUCGACCCUCCUCGUGAAGAUACCGCCCAAACCAUCGUCGAGGCUCAGCAGCUCGGUGUCCCAGUCAAGAUGUUGACUGGUGAUGCUAUCGCCAUCGCCAAGGAGACUUGCAAGAUGCUUGCCCUCGGAACCAAGGUCUACAACUCUCAGAAGCUCAUCCACGGUGGUCUGUCCGGUUCCACUCAGCACGAUCUCGUCGAGCGUGCCGACGGUUUCGCUGAAGUUUUCCCCGAACACAAGUACCAGGUCGUCGAGAUGUUGCAACAGCGUGGUCACUUGACUGCCAUGACUGGUGACGGUGUGAACGAUGCUCCAUCUCUCAAGAAGGCCGAUUGUGGUAUCGCCGUCGAAGGUUCCACCGAAGCUGCCCAGGCCGCCGCCGAUAUCGUUUUCCUCGCCCCAGGUCUCUCCACUAUUGUCUUUGCCAUCAAGACUGCCCGCCAGAUUUUCCAGCGUAUGAAGGCAUACAUCCAGUACCGUAUUGCCCUCUGCCUUCACUUGGAAAUCUACCUGGUUACCUCCAUGAUCAUCAUCAACGAGACCAUCAGCUCCGAGCUCAUUGUCUUCAUCGCCCUCUUUGCCGAUUUGGCCACCGUUGCCAUCGCUUACGACAAUGCGCACUCGGACCCGAAGCCUGUCGAAUGGCAACUGCCCAAGAUCUGGAUCAUCUCGGUCAUCCUCGGUAUCGAACUUGCAAUCGCAACUUGGAUCAUCCGUGGCACAAUGUACCUGCCAUCUGGUGGUAUUGUGCAGAACUGGGGCAACGUUCAGGAAAUCCUGUUCCUCGAAGUCGCCCUUACUGAGAACUGGCUCAUCUUCGUCACCCGUGGUGCUCAGACUCUUCCAUCCUGGCAGCUCGUUGGCGCCAUUGGUGGUGUCGACGUCAUUGCCACUCUCUUCUGUAUUUUCGGAUGGUUGAACCCCAACAUCUACCAGGAGCCUCUCCCAUCCCCAAUGUCGCAAUUCGUGCAGACCCGUAACGGACACACCGAUGUCGUCACCGUGGUCGUCGUCUGGGCGUACUCGAUCGGUGUUCUCAUCUUCAUCGCCAUCACAUACUACCUGCUCAACAAGAUCCCCGGUCUCGCUGAUCUCGGCCGCAAGAACCGCAGCGUACACGACACCCAGAUGGAGAACAUUAUCGGACAUCUCAGCAAGCUGGCGCUCAAGCACGAGACGGAUUCACAUGGCGAGAGCCAAUGGACAAUCACGGGCAAGGCGGCCGAGGAGGAAGAAGAGGAUUAGAUGCACACCAAGAUACCAAUUUUUUUCUCGUUGAAUCAUACUAGGGGUUAGAAAACACAGAAGACGUGUCAUUACCGACAGUGGAAUAAUGUGGUGCUCUCCUGCCAUCGCUAGGGAUGCACUUGUAAAUUAAAUCCCCGGGUGAUGAUUUAUACAACGAGCUGUUCGAAGUACAACCACUUUCUUUUUCUUUUCAUUGAUGCUUGGUGCUACCUCGUGCUAUUGCUUAUAGACUUCCAUACAUGUGUAGUGGAUGGAAGUGUUGAGAGUCUGUUCGUUUCCCUGUAGGCCACCAUCUCACUGGGAGCCCACUGCUUACUGUUUC